AGAAGAAGAACAUGGACGUUUGAACAGAAUGGCGGGGACGGCGCAGAGAAAUGUGUUGUUUUAGUGCGCAUUAGCAGCCUGAACUGCCGCAGUUUUUUUUUUUAAAACUAGGUUAAAUGCCACGAAUUAGACGGACGUGACUAGGAAUGUUUCUGUCUUUGUUUGGACGAUCCUUGUGAUAUUAAGAUGCCUAUCCGAGCAUAUUGUACAAUUUGCUCUGACUUCUUCGAUCACUCCAAAGAUGUCGCUGCCAUACACUGCGGACACACGUUCCACUAUCAAUGCCUGCUCCAGUGGUUUCAGACAGCUCCCAGUAAAACCUGUCCACAGUGCAGGAAACAGGUCAGCACCAGACACAUUAUCACCAAGCUGUACUUUGACAUUGGUGUAGAGGAGGAGGGUACGGUGGACCCGGAAAGUUUGCAGAAUGAGCUUGAUCAAAUGAAGGCUCGGCUAAGCUCUAAAGAGCAGGAAUGGUGGGACAAACAGAAAGUGAUGGACAGUUUGAAGGAGAUGGUGGAUAAGCAGAGGAGAGAUCUGGAUAAUGGAAGAAAGGAGAUGAUGGAAAAGGAGAUGUUGUGCUCUGCUCUCAGAAAGCAGAUGAUGUAUCUAGAGACACAAAAGAAUGACAGUCAGGCUGCCAAGGAGGAGAUCCAGAGACUCAGAACUAAAAUGAAGACUUUUGAAAGCAUGGAUACCUUGUUACAGGGUCACAGGGCAGAAGUGGAGUCCAUGAUCAGAGAUAUGGGUGUCGGCCAUGCGGCAGUGGAACAGCUCUCCAUCUACUGCGUCUCACUCAAAAAAGAGUACGAUAACCUGAAAGGAGGCCUGAAGUCUUCACAUGACAUGUGUGAGAAGCUGAAGAAAGAAUUGCUCUCCUCCACCAACAAGUUACAAAAAGCUUCAGUGGAGGUGAAUCAGACCAAGGAGGAGAUGAAGUCGCUGCAGAAUGAUCAGGCAAAUGCUUACAAAGAGAUCUCAAGUCUGAAGAAGAAAGUAGAGUUCCUUCAGAAGACGCUGAGAACGCCGACACGGACAAAUGAAACCAUUAAUCGGCUCAUCUUUGAAAGCCCCGCCCCUCUGGAACUGAAGCAGCCGCGCUUCCACCAAGUCAGCGAUAGUGAGGACGUCGACCUCAACAUGACUUACGACGUCACUACACCAGAUGACACUGCCAAGAAGUCAACGAAGGUCCCAUCUAAGAAGAUGCGUCUUGACCCUCAGAUGUCCAUGUCAAAACACAAUGAGAAAAGUUCAUCUUUGACUAAGGUUCAACAAGAGGACGCAUCUAUGGAUCCGUUUUUCAGGAACUCCCUCCUUUUCCGCAAAAAGUCCUUUGGCAGUAUGUUGGAGCCGCAGAGGAAGCCCGGAGUUGUGAGAACUGGCUAUGAUGGGCUAGGAGGCAGAACCAAAUUCAUUCAACCUUCUCCUUUAGCACAGAUCCGCCCGCUGAUAAAAGUGAAGAGGAAAAAGGUGACCAGGCCUCCACCCAAGAUUGAAACUUGCCUGACUCUGGACAGCUUCCUCGAGUGAACUUGGAAGCGGAUGCUGCAGUAAAGCACUGACCUGCCCUGGAAGUGGUUUUACUUCCUGAUGGAAUAUUAUUUAAAUGAAAUAAAUGACCGUUUAGCAAUACAAGCAUAUAUAUUUUUUUGCAUGUAGAUAAAUAUGCAUUUUAUUUGAAUGCUGUGAUUUGCCCGGACUUUUUUGUUGUCCUUUCUAGUAAUUAAAUGUGUGCGUUAGUGUUUCCUCAAACAGACGAGUCAAUUUAUUUGACUGAUCAUAAAAGUAACUGCCUUCAGUCAGAAAUGAUCUUUUCUUUUUCUCUGCACUCUGUCUGCCAUUAUGUGGAAGUAAGGUAGCUGUUUUAAAACCUUUCGUUUUGUCAAAUGUCAUAACAAUGCAUGUAAUAAACAUUUUAUUUUUUAUGAA